CGUGAGAGGUCCAAUGACCUCAUUUCCGGCUAGGAACGACACUUCCGGGUUAUCAAGAUGGCGGCGUCCUGUGAAGAGAGCACGGGGACUCAGCUUAGAUCCCCUGUGGGGACACCGGGAAAAGUCCGAGAUCUGAUCAACGAGGGCAUAGUGAGCGAGGAGCGCUGCGGUGAUAGCACGAAGGACAGCAGUUUCUUGUCGGAUGGAAACCACAGCUUUGAUGCUUCACCUGAUGUUGACACUUUGGAAGCCACAAGUAAAGAAGCCUUUUUCACCAGGGUAGAAUCCUUCUCUUCUCUGAAGUGGGCUGGGAAACCUUCAGCGUUAUGUCCUCUAUCUUGUGCCAAGUACGGAUGGGCAAACAUCGAAUGUGAUAUGCUGAAGUGUUGUAGCUGUAAUGCCUAUCUGUGUGCCAGGCUGCAACCAGCCUUGGACAUCAAUAAGUAUAAGCAGCGUUGUGUGGAGUUACAAGAAGAACUUAAGACCUCUCAUGAAAAGUUCUGCUUUUGGCCAGACAGUCCCUGUCCAGAACACUUCUGGGCUCUUCUAGUAUGUGAACCAUCAUCCGUGCUUAGUGACUUUUUUGAACGGUUUCAAAACCUUUGUCGAUUAGAGUUGCAGCUUCCAGCUCUGAGACAGGACGACUUGAAAAUUAUGGAUCUCAGUGAAGAUACUGUAAGUCUACUCCUGCGGUUGAUUGAGGAUGAACUGAGACCUGUAGAAGGGAGACAGAAUGCUGCAAUCAGCUUGCCCAGUGACUCUCUGCAAGUCCACAUCUCAGCCUGUAUUCUAGCUCUUUGUGGAUGGAACAACAGCCCUUCAUCUGGAUCUUUACCUCUGUCAAUCAUAAGUUGUCCACGCUGUAUGAGGAAGAUUGGAUUAUGGAGCUUCCAGCAGCUGGAGUCUGUGGAUUUGGACAAUUCCUUUGGACCGCCUACUACUCCGAUAUCUCCAGGAGAGGGUGCGGGUGAUAGAACACCUUUGGGAGUGGUAUCUCCCAACAGAAGAGUCACUAGAAGCAGAGAUCUUGAACAGAGUCCUAUGGCAGCUACCACCCAAUCACUCAGUGGAAGCUCUACAGGAUCAUCGGAAUCUGAUGCUGUGCGAAGCCGGCCAGUGACCCGUAGCAUGGGACAUGGAGACAACCCAGGAGUGACAUCUGAAGUCCAGUCCAGUCCUCAUCGUAAAGCCAAACGUCCCAGGCUCUGCUCCAGGAGCAGUAUAGAUUCUUCUCCAAAGAGCUGCUUUGAUCCACUGAAUCAGCACAGAAGUUGGUGCCCAUGGGUCACUAUUGUUUGUGCAGACACUAAAGGAAAUGCUGAGAACAAGGAGAAAGAAAAUGCAAAUCAGACAAAGGAGAUUGGAUGGAAGGAGGUGCUACGAGUGCUGCUAUCAGAGGGGAAAUCCAGGAUCCCAUCUGAUGGAGAUGCUACAAAUGUGCCAGAGAAAUCUCGCAAAGUCUUUCGAAUAUUCAGACAGUGGCAGGCAAGUGCUUCCUCUUGAAGACAAGAGUGUGACCACUAUAUGGAGAUUUCCUGAUUCAUGUCCAAUCACCAAUUAAUCAGCUGACAUUAAACUGAUGUGUGUGCAUUAUGUUGUAGCAGACUCUACUGGAAGCUAUCUGUUUAAUGUGCUGUACUAUCAGAACAACACAUUUAGGAUUUCUGUGUCUACAUAUUUGCAUUCAGGUAAACAGUAGGUCACAAAUGUGUGGCGGAGUCGUGUGACCAGUGAAAACGUUGUAACCGUAAGCUCCAAGAUGUUACAGGUCAGCCUAAUACAAGGUAUCACUUAGAAAAACAUUCCUGAUAGUGACACACUUAUAAGAAGUUUUACAAAUACUGUUUAUAGAGUCAUUUUUAUUUUAUUUUUGGAGUUGAAAAUGCUUUUGUAAUCUUUCUUGGGAUUUCUAGAUUUUCCGUUUCAACGGCAGACUUCAGUUUUCUUUUUAAUCCUUAUGGUUUUGGAGAUUUUAGUAACUAAAUCCAAAUGUUGUUGCAGAUCAAAUUUAAAGAACAAAAAUGUUGGUAUAAUGAAUAAAGUGUGCAAUCUGUUAUUUUGCAAUAUUUUCUGAUACAAGUUCUACAAUUUCUAAACACUGAAAUUAAAUUUAUUUUUCAUUAAAAUGGAUUUCAGCCAAUCGGGGAUGAGCUCGGGUGCGUUUGGACACGAGUCGAAACCCACCUGAGUUAUCCCACCAGGAAGCUGUCAUAGCCAACAGCCAAUCAUAGAUGGUAAAUGCAUUUCCUGCCCCACAUAUACACUCCCCUUGCAUAUCUAUAGCUGUGGAGUGGGGAAAUGCUGCUGUUGGCUUUGACAGCUUACCGCCAGGAUAGCAUGGGCACAUUGGUACUGGUGUCUGACUAUGCCUGAGCUCAUCCCUACAGUCAAUCGGCUUUAAAUGUUAAUUUUCUAAACUGUGUGAAGGAUAGAAGUUGAUUGGUUAAUAUGGCUAAGGCACCAGUUUAGAUAGAAAUAGAAGUCUCAGAUACGUCAAAAUUCCCCCCACAGGUCUAAAAUCUGUUAACACUUAUUAAUAUCAAUAAGUCUAGCCUUCACAGAAUAUAUAAAGGAGAGAAAAGCAAGAAUCGGUUUGAAAAAUAUAUAUUUUUUUGGUGCAUGAUGAACAAUGUGCUAGCUCUUCUAACAUUGUCUAUAGAAGGAGAGAAUCCUUUGUGUGUUUGAUGUUAUUGAUUGAAAGCAAUCAUUUACAUUUGGUCUCUUUUAGAUCUGCAUUUAUUCUAGAGAUUGAUUUUGUUUGUGUUGGUGGAUCAAAAGAAAACAGCACAGAAUUAAUACACUGCUGUUUUUUCUUACAUUUGUAACUAGUAAAUAUCACAAUAAAGUAUUUUCAUCCCAA